AUGGAGAAAACCGAGAUUAUCAAGGCGGCGGCGAUCUUCCUGGUUUUGUCGCUACUAGUGAUCCCGGCGAAGCUCUACCCGAUAGAGAUGCCGCCGAAGGUUUCGAACCCGCUGUGCAUGUCGCAGUUCACAUUGGCCAACCACGCGUGCUUGUCGCUUCCUCAACGUCAACGAUUCGCGUCGGUCUCGCUUGCUGCCGCUGCUCCUCCCUCGGCGUCCCCACCGGAGGUCGAAGAAGAAGAAGCCGGCGACGAGAGCGGAGAGAUGUUGCGGCUUGAAAGAGAGUCGAGGGAAGAGGACGAUUGCUGCAAGUGGGUGAAGGCGGUGGACUCCGACUGCAUCUGCGACAUGCUGGUCCGGCUGCCGGCGUUUCUCUCGAGGCUGGCGCACGAUUACACGGUCGCCGUCGACGAGACGUGCAACGUGACUUACCAGUGCCCCGGCAAAGUGAACAUCUAA